GAUUGGCAGGCGGCCGCGGCGGAGGCAGCGGCGGCGGCGGCUCGGCCCGGACUCCGGCCGCGCCAUUUCCCGGCGGGCGGUGAGCGCGGCGGCGGCGGCAGCUGAGGCGAAGGCGGCGGCGGCGGCGGCGGCGGCGGCGCGGGGGCCUGAGGCGCUGCAGCUCCCUGGCCCGGGGGCGAGGCCUGCUGAAAAUGACUGAAUAUAAACUUGUGGUAGUUGGAGCUGGUGGCGUAGGCAAGAGUGCCUUGACGAUACAGCUGAUUCAGAACCACUUUGUGGAUGAGUAUGACCCCACGAUAGAGGAUUCCUACAGGAAACAAGUAGUAAUUGAUGGAGAAACCUGUCUCUUGGACAUUCUCGACACAGCAGGUCAAGAGGAGUACAGUGCAAUGAGGGACCAGUACAUGAGGACUGGGGAGGGCUUUCUUUGUGUAUUUGCCAUAAAUAAUACUAAGUCAUUUGAAGAUAUUCACCAUUAUAGAGAACAAAUAAAAAGAGUUAAAGACUCUGAAGAUGUACCUAUGGUCCUAGUAGGAAAUAAAUGUGAUUUGCCUUCUAGAACAGUAGACACAAAACAGGCUCAGGACUUAGCAAGAAGUUAUGGAAUCCCUUUUAUUGAAACAUCAGCAAAGACAAGACAGAGAGUGGAGGAUGCUUUUUAUACAUUGGUGAGAGAGAUCCGACAAUACAGAUUGAAAAAAAUCAACAAAGAAGAAAAGACUCCUGGCUGUGUGAAAAUAAAAAAAUGCAUUGUAAUGUAACCUGGGUGUUGAUGAUGCCUUCUAUACAUUAGUUCGAGAAAUUCGAAAACAUAAAGAAAAGAUGAGCAAAGAUGGUAAAAAGAAGAAAAAGAAGUCAAAGACAAAGUGUGUAAUUAUGUAAAUACAAUUUGUACUUUUUUCUUAAGGCAUACUUAAGUAAAAGUAAUUUUUGUACAUUACACUAAAUUAUUAGCAUUUGUUUUAGCAUUACCUAAUUUUCUUUUUUGCUCCAUCCAAACCGUUAGUUUUUACCUUGAAUGCUUAUUUUAAAAUGACAGUGGAAACCUCUUUGCUCUGAGUGCCAGUAUUCCCUGAGUUGUGGUUUUUCAAACUAGCAAUGCCUGUGAAAAAGAAACUGAACACCUGAGAUUUCUCUCAGGGCCUUUGGUGCAUGCAGUUGAUUACUCCCUCUUUCUCUUUCCAAUUGUAAGCUUUGAUGUGAAACGAAUUAGCGACACUUUGGAAUCAUCCCCAGCCUGUGUUUUAUCUACUCAACGCCCAUGGGCCAACGACUCUCCCCUUAGUUACAGUUUCACAACUGGUUUUACUGAAAUCUCCAGGGGACACAAGUUGAUGGGCUCCCUGUAAAUUCUAGUGAGCAUCAUGCUCUGGAGUCCGAGUCCCCUAUUGACUGUAAAGCCACACUGUCCACACAGGUUUCCGCCUAUUUGUUUGUCAUUGUUACACUCUCCCAGAGUUUUUUUUUUUUUUUUUUUUUCCCUAUAAAGGGGAGGUGGGGAACAUAAGGCAAUGGGAAGGAAAACAUUGAGGCCAUUUACUUUCCAUGUUAGAUAAAUUCCUGUAAUACUCGUAAGGAUUUCUUCCUAAUCAGGUAGAUCCAGUAUGCAGCAGGGAUCUUAGUGAUCACCUGGGGAGCUGUAUUUUUGUAAUGAUUGAAACAGUUUGAACAUGUAUGAAUCAUUCUCAUAGGAAGUGAAUAGUCUCCCUUGUGUCAGAUUGCUCUUAUCACAACCUUUUCUUGAACCUGAGUCUUUGAAAAUAGUUUUGAUGUCAGCAGUGAUGUUAGAAAGGACUCAGGCCACAUAGCUUGGUAGGUGCAAAGGAGACCAAGGUUACCACAGGCGGCCCCGUGAAGCCUGGUGUCUCGGUCAGCAUUGCCAAGAGCAAUCUGUGUUCUUUGUUGUGGACGUGCACUUGUCACAGAAAUGGGGACUAGGAGGGUGCUUGUGAGCUCAGCAUCACAUUCUCUAGGUGGCAGGCCUGCCCACAGAUCAAGUGCAUCUUAGGUGAGCAUCUUAAAACAUUUUUAAGUCAAACUCGGGUGGGGCAAGUCAGGGCUAAUUUAUUUUAAACACAAUGGAGUGAGAGCAUUUUAAAAAUUCUAGUUUGGGCUAGUGCUUUAAACACUGGCUUAAGCAACAGUUCAAAAACACUUUAUAAGACUGGUCUAUUUAGUGUGAUGCAGAAAAAUAAUAAAAUUCUUCAGUGUAGUUAAAUAUUUUGAAUUGUGGAUGUAUUGAGGUGAAACUCAUUGAGUGACUAGGAAAAUGACUUAGCUUCUAGCUAUGUCUCUCGUACAGUUCUGAUUUUGGGCAAAUCACUUUCCUUUGUUUAUGUCAAGUCAUCUCAAGGCUGCAUCUGCCAUUGCAACUCUGGUUUACAUUCAGUUUAUAUGAGUAUACACCUGUUUGUCAAUCUCAGCACAGUCUGUAACUCUGCCUGAGUUACCAUCUACAGUGCUAGACAUAGGCAAAAUUGUACAGGAGGUGAGUUUAUUCUUUAAUGCCCCUUCCCUACUUUCAGGGUUCCUCUCCUAGAUGGAUAUCAUUUUGUCUGUCAACCUCUACCCAAUGCCCCUUGUGUUGAGUCUUUCCCUGUUAAUAUUAGUAGUUACACUACCCUCGAAACUCAUUGCAAGGAUAGCUCCACAAAGUUUUCCACUUAUCAGAAGGCCCUACAUCUUAACUUCCUAAGACCCAGCACCAUCGGAAGGAUAUACUGGGAUUUGACCUAGUAGUGGCUGUAAACAACACAGUCUUCAUUUUCUGAACAUCAUCUCUCUGCUGUCUUGUCCUUUAGUGGCUUAGCAGGUAUGAGUAGAAAGCCUUCUCCAUUGAGAGAAGAAUUUAAUAAGGAAGUGCUAAAGGAAUUCCUUAGAUUCUGUGUAGUGAAGACUAGUUUUAGUAACAGUAAUACAUUCCAUUGUUUAAAAGAUUUCAUACACAAAGACUUUUAAAAUUCAUUCAUUCAGCUUACUUUUAGAUAGAAUCUAUUUAUUCAACAAAGAUUCAAGUGCCUGCUAGUUGUCAGGCACCGCAUGAUGCUCUGGGGAUCUUAAGCUCUGGUCCCAAGCAAGGAACCCAACCCCUUUCCUAAGUAAUGCUGGUGGAACCAACUGCCCAUAGCAGCUUAGCAGGGCAUUUGCCACAAGGCCCAGAGAAACCAUCAUGCUCAUUCCAGUUUCCCAGAGAAAGAUUUUGAUCUUUCAGGUUUCUUCCAGGUCUCAAAUAAUUGUUUUGCUAUGAUUUCAAUGUGACUGUUUACUCAAGCUUCUUUAUAUAAAUCACUUCAUUGUUUUAAAGGAAUAAACUUGAUUUUUUUAAUUUGGCACAAUAUAUGAUCCUGUUGGGACAACUGUUAUAGUACACAUUAAGUUGUAUGUGAGGUAAUAAAAUUCCCUGUGUAAUGUUUUAGCUGGUCUUUUUGUAUAAGUAAUGAAUAUAGACUUUUUAAACUUUAACUUUUGAAUUCUAAAGUAGUUAAAUUUGUCUGGGUACGAAUACACAGGUGCCUGAACUAAUUCACAGAAAAGGACACUUUACAUACAAAUCAGUAUGGAUUCUGAAAUGCUCAACUACAGGUUAGUGGGACAUUAGCAAGGUAGAGAAUGUUAAGGUUUACAUAGGAUCUCCGUUUGUUUCUGCACAAGAAGGAAAUGGCAGGGACUGAAGUACAUACUGAAGGUGGAUUUUUCUUUUUUUGACUUGAGUUUUUGAGAUAAUCUGGGCAGGGUUUUUUGUUUUUGUUUUUUUCUAAGGCAGUGGUAAUCAUCCUAUAUUAUGUGAAUUUUAAAUGGUUGACAAGAGGUUUGCUUUUGUAGAGAUUUUUUUUUUAAAGGGAGGGAUAAUUCUAGAAAUAAGUAUACAUGUAAUCUAUAACAGCCUUAAAGAUAAAAAUCCUUGUUGAAGUUAGCAAAUAUCACUAAAGUGCAGUCUUAAGACAUUGACAUGUUUGUGGAAGAAUGUAGCAGAAGUGUGUAGUCUAAUUGGAGUGAAUAUUCCCAGUUAGGAAUUCUAGGCUCUUUUAACUGAGUCACACUGCAUAGGAACUUAGGACCUACGAGGUCACUAAAACAUUUGCCACCAUUACACAAUUUGGUCCUAAUCUCUAUCGAUAUUUUCUGAGGCAUGUUAAGUUGCCGUAUACACAUGUUCAUCUCACUUGUAUUGCAGUGAUUUUUUUUUUUACUUCUAACCAUUGUUUCUGAGUGUAGAUUUUUUUGUAGGCAAUACUGUAAUUUCCACUUGUCGAAUUUUAUAAUUUAUUGCUGAUUAGAUAUAUUUUAAAACCCAGUUGCUGUAGAGUAUUUCACAGCUUCUGUUUGAACUAGGUAGCAUCAGAUCUGCGCUGAGAAAUGGAACAUGUAACUGGCAACUCUAAGUUUCUUCAGAAAACAUUAUUUCUUAAAGCUUCUAUUCACAUCAGUUUCUGAAUAGUUAGUAAAGUUAACACUUGCUUUAGUUUCACAGUUUCAAGCACCAGUGCAGCAGAACGGGCAGUUUACAUUUAGGGAAAAUCAAAGUUGUCACCUGCAGAAUUGAUGGUUGCAGAGGGCUCCCCUCCCCACAGAGCUGAAUGGGUUCUGUCAAGUCUUCUCCCAAAGUUUCUGAUUCCACUGUCUUGUGUUUUCAUGUUGAAAAUACUUCUGCAUUUUUCCUUUGAGUGCCAAUUUCUUACUAGUCCUAUUUCUUAAUGUAACAUGUUUACCUGGAAUGUGUUUUAACUAUUUUUGUAUAGUGUAAACUGAAACGUGCACAUUUUGUACAUUGUGCUUCUGUGGGACGUAUGCAGUGUGGUCCAGUUGUUUCCCGUCAUUUGGUUGCGCUGACCUAGGAAUGUUGGUCAUAUCAAACAUUGGAUUUAAAAAUUGACCACUCUUUUAAAUGUUUAUAGGAGUAUGUGCUGUGAAGUGAUCUUAAAUUUGUAAUAUUUUGUCAUGAACUGUACUGCUCCUAAUUAUUGUAAUGUAAUAAAAAAAUAGUUAUGGUGA